AUGCCCACCGAGUAUCGGAGACUUGCUCAGUCCAUAGAGGACCCCGAGGAGGGCGAAGCAGGACCGUCUGUUGCACAGGCAGCAACCAGGUCCGAGCCUUCCAUACGCUCCCCCAUCAGUCCCGGCAGGCUCACGGUCAACCUCGCCGCGCUCGACUCGGGUUUCAAGCGAUGGACGGACUCGAUAUCCCAGAAGAUAAAGCGCAAGCGAAAGAGCGUUACUGAUGGAUCGGAGAAAAAGGAGAUUGCCUUCAGUGUGUUUGGUCCGGUUGGUGUGGCAGAGUGGAAGGAGGAUCCUAGGAAGACUCUGGAUCACGAACCGGUUAAAACGAGGCAGGAUUUUGACCAGCUGGUGGAUGCUCUCAAAGCGGCCAUCGAUGACGGUGUUCAUCCGAAGAUGAUAUCCAAGGGGUCCUCUGGGUCUUACUUUGCCCGUGCGAAGGUCGAUGGGCAGAUCAAGACUGUCGGUGUGUUCAAGCCUAAGGAUGAAGAACCGUAUGGCAAGAUGAACCCGAAACUGGUUAAGUGGCUUCAUCGCAACUUCUUCUGGUGGAUCGGCUGGGGGAGAGCCUGCCUGAUCCCGAAUCUAUCCUAUAUAUCAGAGGCAGCCGCUUGCCUGCUUGACGAGCGUCUGCACCUGUACAUUGUCCCCCAGACCGGCCUCGCUUCUCUCAGCAGCCCGUCCUUUUUCUACGAUUGGAUCGACCGGUCUGCGUAUCGACAGGGCAAGGCCCUUCCGCCCAAAAUCGGCUCUCUACAGACGUUCAUGCACGGCUACCGUGACGCCUCCGAAUAUUUCCGGCAACACCCGCUAGGGGACAACUACGAUUACGAAGCUCACCGAACGGGCAUGAUCACGAAGAGGUUUUGGAGUGCGAUGGGUCUCGUCUGUGGGCGAGCAGGCGACUUGCAUGAGCUGGAGAAUGAGGAAUGGGCGGAAGAGCAGAGUAAGGGAUAUAGGGAGAUGGAGGAACAAGGGCAGAAUGGGUUCGCUUGGACCCAAGAGAAUGUCGCAAGUUUCCAGGACGAGUUGGAAAGACUAGUCGUCCUGGAUUACUUGAUGAGGAAUACGGAUCGGGGACUGGAUAACUUUAUGAUCAAAUAUUGUGAAGCAGACCAUGAGAAGGACAUUAUCAACAUUGCCCCCUCUCGUUCUUUCGGACCUCAACUCCCCAUGAGAGUGCCCAACGCUACACCGAGUUCCACGCCUCAAAUGAGGCAAGCGGCCGCGUUCGGCGCAGACGGCUCACCCAACCCUUCCGCCUCUUCCUCUUCCAAGCUUGAGCCAUUCACGGCCCGCCCUCAUAUGCAUAUCGCCGCGAUCGACAACUCGCUCUCAUUCCCACACCAGCAUCCGAGAGGAUGGAGAAGUUAUCCAUAUGGCUGGCUUUUCUUGCCUGUUGCGAUCAUUGGUCGGCCUUUCAGCGAGCGAACGAGGAGGCAGCUGCUGCCACUGCUCAGCAGCGCGGAAUGGUGGGCGGAGACAAGGUCCGAGUUGAGGAAGAUAAUGGCAGUUGAUCCGGAUUUCAACGAGAAACUGUUCAAUCGACAAAUGGCAGUAAUCAAAGGACAGGGUUGGAAUAUUGUCCAAAGCUUGCAGCAUGUCGACGAAGGUCCCCUCGAGCUUACUCGACGCACCAAAGUUCUUAUUUGGGACGAUGACGUACAAGUCCCUACCAAUGCUAGCAAAGAUGAACUUCUCAUGGCCCUUGCUGCUCCUCCGGGCAAGACUAUCCCCCCGCUCCUUGGACACUCAAGACAUCGUAGCGAGAGCUUUCCGAAUGCUCAAGUGGGACGGAGAAGCAUGGAGUUCCCGCCUCGCUCGCCCCGUCGACAGACCGACUUACCGAUUCGACCCGUACCAUUCGCUGGGAAGUAUGAGCGGGCAUCCGGCGGAUACUCUGGUGUCACCGGCAUUGAUGUGCUUGAACAUCUGGAGAAAUUAGAUGCUGUCGAACGCGACCUAGAGCGUUUGGGCAUGGAAAGCGCCAGUACCUCGCGGCAACGGUCUGGACCCAACACAGAGGGCUAUGUCCAGCUUCCGGAGGCAGUCCAUAGUACCCCCAGCCUGGCCGAGACAAUAUCACCUGCCGCAUCGCCAUCUCCUCGAAAGGGCAAGUCUGUACCUCGGCCAAUGAGGCGUGCAAGCCUUGGUGUGACGGUGUUGCCUCCCUUCGAGGAGGAAGACCCUUUCCUAGAUCCGCCCUCAACUGCGAACCACCGGAGGGCUGAGAGCGACGUGCGUAGUGCGCUUCCCAGCGGAGGGAGCAGGAGCAUGGAUUUUAGCUCAUCGGAAGGGAGACCAUCGAUCAAGAUUGUGAUCCGGGAGGUGCGCCCAAGCAUGCUGUCGACGUCCCAUAUAGUGCUAAUGUUCAUUACAGAGAUUAGAAACUGUGAAAGCGAGAGAUCCCCGGCAUUUUUGGUGAACACAUAG